AUGCUUCGGAACAUCCCGAACAAGAUGACUGAUAUGCAACUGCUGAAGAUCCUCCGCUACCGACGGCUGUUCCGCGGCUUGAUCGACUUAGUGUUCCUCCGAAUGUACUUCGGGUCAAGCGCCAACGCCGGCCACGCCAUUUUCAACUUGACACCCCCAACCCACAUCAUCAAGUUCCUGGAACAUUUCGAGGGCAGACCAGGGCCGACGUUCGCAUGUGGUCUAGCGAUAAGGCGGGCUGGGGUGCCAAUCCGACCUCACCCCGACGACGGCAAUCACGAAGAUGGGGUACGGUGCUGCUGGUACUGCUUUCAAGAAUGGGUGUGGGUGGACAUUCUGGCAGCUACGACGACUUGA